GCAGCAGAAAAAUCUAGUGUAGAGAAUAAUUUACAUUUCAACAUAAUAUUCUAAAACGAUUCACAUGUUUGAAGUACUUUAAUAUUUGUGGUACGGACUUUGAUGUUGAUGUGAACGUUUUUUUUCCAGUAAAGAUCAGCGAUCUAGUCCUGACACAUAUCUUAAUGUCUUAUCCCUGCUGAGCCACAUUAAAAACAACAUGACUUAUUCAAAUAAUGAAGUCCCAAGAACGAGGAAGUUUAAUAACAGCUCGACAUCAUCAGAGCUGCUGGACUCCUGAAGAUAUUUCUCCUAUUUUUACAAACUACAUAAAUUACUGCGAAUUUAAAUGUUCAGUUUCGGGUUGGGCUCAUGGUGUCAAAGACCUAUCACCUGGUUUUACAGCAAUAUGAGCUCUAUUUUAUUUAAACGUUGAACAAGCGCCUCAGAGCGUCCUUCAUGUGACGAGUUGCCACGACUGAGGAUGUUAUGAAACUGCACUUUAUGCAAAGGGAAAGCGUUCAGACAGGCAGCUCCGUUCUCAUCUGCACAGCACAUAGUAUUUAUUUCAUGACACCACCAACUGUGGGCACGCGCUGUGUGUGCGCUUUUGUCUGUGGUUGUGUGUGAUUGUGCGUGUGUGUGUGUGUGUGAGUGCACAUAUGACUAAAAAUGAACGCCCUUUCAGCCUUUAAGACAUCACAAGGGAGUGUUUGUUUUUUUAUGAGACUUUGAUACACAACAUUCAAAACACUGACAAUAAAACCAUCUUCGAUUGACUGGAUAGUUUUUGAGAUAUAAGGAGAGAAAAAUCCUCAUGAAAUUGUGACUCUUUUAUAAGUUGAGCUCACACAUCUUGACCAUGUGACUCAAUUCUCAUCCCAGAAGGACAAAUGUGACCUAAUGAAAGGGAGGGAAAAAAGUUGCAUAAAUGAGAAAAAUAUGGGCGGGAUGGACGAAGUAGAUCUGAGGGAGUGAAAGAACAAGAAAGAGGAGGGAGGAGAGGAGAAUAGAGAGACGAGAGGACCAAACUCACUGCCUUCUCCUCCUCCAGUGCUCUCUCCCUUCUUUCUCCUGGUGACUCCGAGCUGAGAUCAACAGAUAGGAUGCUGUGCUUGGGCUCCUUGUGCCCACUCCUCCUCCUGCUUCUCCUCCUCCCCCCUCAACUGCCUGCCCAGGAGACGCUUGUGCGUCUGGCAGGCGUAGGCCGGCGCAAUGCGAACGAGGGGCGCGUGGAGGUGUUCUACAACGGGGCCUGGGGCACCGUGUGUGAUGACGAGGUGGAUCUUAACCUGGCCAACGUGGUGUGCCGACAGAUGGGCUUCCAGCGCGGCCUGACCUGGGCACACAGCGCAAAGUUUGGCCAAGGACAAGUUUCUGUUUCGUAGAAAGUACAAUGCAAUAACGUGAGGAUGUGGAGCCUUCGGAACUGGUUCUUCAACUUGUGCAUUGCUCUGAGCUGUGUGAGCAGUGCAGCAGGGGUGAUCCGUGUAUAUGGAUAUGAGAGGGGACAAGUUCAAGUUUCUUGUCCCUAUGGCUCUGGGUUUGAGUCCUCUGAGAAGUACCUGUGCAAGGAUCGCUGCGGCUAUGAUGAAGUUCUUAUUAGGACGACAGAACCUAAUAAGAACAAAUACUCCAAACACGAUGACCAUCAGCAACGAGUCUUCACAGCGACUAUCUACAAUCUGAUUUUUGCCGAUGCAGGAAAAUACUGGUGUCGCAUCACAAAAGCGGGAAUAGACAUCUUCACUGAAAUGGAACUGGAAGUAGCUCGAGAGUGGUGCUGUGUGAGGUCAACCAAACAGAGCGGCGUCGUGGGACAGACAGUAACAAUGAUGUGUCCGUACCCACCGAACCACCGGAAUAACAGGAAGUUCCUCUGUAAGGGAGAACGACGCAAGGAAUGCACAGACAUGACAAGUCAAAGGCGGUUUACUCUGCGAGACGAUAUUUCUUCCAGCUCCUUCUCGGUAACAAUCACAGAGUUGAAAGCAGAGGAUGCUGGGACAUACUGGUGUGGUUCAGACUCACAGUGGAGUCCCGGAGACUACACCAAGAUUCAACUGUCAGCAGGUAAGAUAAUGAGAAGAGCUAAACCUAUUUGUUUGAGAGUACAAACGAUUGUUACAUCCAUCAGGUUACUCAUAUCUGCAUCACUUCACAAUAAAGUAAUAGAUCGAGUCCCUCCUUGGAUUCCUAAAACGGUAGACUAUUAAAUAAUUGACAUUUAAUAUUCAACAACCAAGGAAACGCUUAAUGCAAAGUCCUCAUCAAAUUGAAGCUGAACUUAAAGAAUGGGAUUUGUAGUUUUUUCAGCAUGCUAACAAAAAAAUUAUCACGUUAUUACCAAUAAAGUACUCUGAGGAAAUGUAGUUAGUUAGAGGUAAAUGUAGUUAGUUAGAGGACAGCUGUGUACCAUCAUGCACCAGGGUGAGUUACAACAA